AGUGAUUGGGAAACUGAAAAUGCACGAAAACGUUUUAUAAAUUCCAUGCAAGACCGAAAUCGCGCAGUCGAAGUGUAACGUAUGUGCAGUGCAGAUGUUGAGGUAACGGUAAAAGUGAAAAUUUCAGUGCUCAAAGACAAUGCGAAACUCUGUUUGUAUAUUUGCGUUGAAUCUUCUUUGUCUGCUGCAUUCGUGCCGCACUCGAAAAGUGGAUGAACUAUUAACUGAGCUCAAUAAAACUCCUCCUCCCUCGUCUUACCGUGUAUCCGCACCAAAGCUGAAACAACCCUUAAAUAGGGUACCGGCCCACCUUCAAGACAUUGGCUAUGUUUAUGAAGACGCAGAUGAUGUGAUUCAUAUCAUUGAGCCUCCGCAACGAUUUCAGUUAUUGAAACGGCUCGUAAGUCAGACGGAAAGCCCACGAAAGCUAAGGAUUACUCGCGUGGAGUCGAUGAACCAUUACAGUUUGCCAAAGCCAAUGGCAAUGACAGCCGCCACGGCCGAAAUAUUCAGUGCAUCGAAAUUCAAAACGAAAGUGAAGAAAAUGCCCGAGUCUACGGUUAAACAGCUGCAACCAGUGAAGCAACAAAUCGGAGGAGGCAUAAAAGUAAAUCAACCAGUCAAACUGCUUCAUACGCGCGCGCAUAAUGGCAUACCAGUAUUCAGCAACGAUGACUCUAUAGACUUAGUGCCACAGGAAGCACAGACAUUGGCAAUGAUGUCGCCACCGCUGCCACUGCCGCGCGAAAUUUUGGCGGCCGUUCGUAAAACAGAGCGACUGCUUCAGCAGCAACCACAACAAAAACAGCAUUUGCAUCGAGUUACCCAGCGUCAAAAAAAGCUCGCAACCCAUACAGUAGUUAUUGGGCAAGCUUUCGAGCGUAACAAAUUUUAUCGAACCACUGAUCAUAAAAUAAUGGACGAUAAAUUACGAAAACCCCGCGUUCGUCGUGAAGUACGUAACAUUCCUAUUCAUGCGGAGUCUUUCGCAGGAGCUCGAAGGACUGACAAGCUACCAUCCGCCUUAGACGUCCUCAAAAAUGCUAAUUUGGACAUUCAAAAGGGAACCAAGUUACUUCUGCACUUAGAUGAGUUAUUAAAAAAUGCCAGCUUAUAUUUGCCUGAUAAAGGCGAAGUUGUCGACUUGAGUGAAAAAAGCAACAACUCUAAUAAGAGCUUUUUAAAGAGUAUAACUAAAUCUGAUGCUACGAAGCCAUUGGAACAGAGACACUCCCCCAGUCGAAACCAAAGUGCAAAUAAAAGGCGGAGAAUAUUCACUGACGUAAAUGUAAACAAACAAAAUGCACGCACAAAUCUAGCGCUGAUAGAGGGCGCAAACAAAACUAAUUAUAAUCAAUUUACAGCCGGUUCUCUUCUCUACGAUGAUGUCAUGUCCAAUAUUCGAAACAUGCUGCAUACGAAAAAUCGUCAACUCUUAGAGGAUCAACAAAACAGCAGCUUUAAUGGAAGGGAAGUGACAGUGAACUUCAACGGUUCUCUGCCCCUUUUACCCAUCGAUAAUGGCGAGCCAAUAGAAGUGAAGCAAUUGCAAGAGUAUAUUUAUGAGCUGCAGCGUAUUUAAAAAUCUUUACAAAACCAAAACACCGAUGUUUCAUCG